AUGCGAACGCACGAAGAAACAGAAAAAGAUAAGAAGAAGGCAAAAAAUGCGAAUGUGCGUACAAUUCCAAUGCGUAAGAUGUUUCGCUACGCAACCCGGAAAGACAAGUGGAUGCUUGGUUUGGCUAUGGCUUGUUCCAUCUUUGUGGGUGUCCUGCAACCUCUCACAAUCGUAGUCUUUGGUCUGACAAUCGCUUCAACCAUCGGAAGCUAUGAAAGCGGCGACAGCUUGAACGGAAUGGCGGCACUGGCUGGAGGUAUCUUGCUUGCCCUUGGAACUCUUGUCAUGGCGCUCUCUUACACUGCUAGCUGUCUUUGGGUCAUCUCCGGUGAAAAUCAAACUCGUCGUGUGCGUCAACUUUACGUACAUGCUAUCAUGCGGCAAGAAAUGGCUUGGUUCGAUCAAUCGAAAGACGGCUCUCUCACAACUCGCCUGGCAACAGAUACACAGUACUAUCAAGACGCGAUAUCCGAAAAAUACGGUGAGAUGAUUAGCACUGCUUCCGCUACUACGAUGGGUCUCUUGGAAUGCAUUUGCGUUACUUGGCGCAUGGGUCUCGUUGUCUUCGCAUUAUUGCCCGUACUCUUCGGCGUUAGCUGGCUCAUGGACCGCCUUUUAUCUCAACAAACUCAGGAAGUUCAGAAUGCGUAUGCUGAAGCAAGCAGUAUUGCAGAGCAAGCUUUGGCCGGUAUUCGAACUGUUUACUCAUUUACCCUCCAAGAACGAUUCACUCGUCUAUACGAAACCAAGCUGAUGAAGACAUCCCAGGCCGGCACUCGUCGUGCGCUCGUUCUUGGGGCUGGUUUCGGUACGUUUCUGCUUCUGCUAUACGGUAUCUUCGCAUUUGCAUUUUGGUACGGUUCGACGUUGGCAAUCAACGGUACCGGCGAUGGUAUCCUUGUUAUGGUCUCGUUUUUCUGUUUAAUCUUGGGUGCGAUCUCUUUGAUGAAAUUGCCAGAUCAAGUAGCUGCGCUGGCGGCGGGCCGGGGAGCUGCUUACACGAUCUUUGAAACGAUCUCCAGGGUGCCAGCCAUCGAUACGGACUCUGACGAAGGGCUGAAACCACAGAAAAUUGCAGCUGGUAUCGAGUUCCGUGAUAUCAAGUUCAGUUAUCCAACGAGGCCGGAUAUCACGAUCCUCAAAAACCUCAAUCUCACUAUUAGUCCGGGUAUGACAGUUGCUUUUGUUGGUGCUUCGGGUUCUGGAAAAAGUACCACUAUUCAGCUCUUGCAGCGUUUCUAUGACCCCGACUCUGGACAAGUGUUCUUGGACGGUCAUGAUCUCAAGGAUCUAAACAUACGAUGGCUGCGUUCUCAAAUUGGUGUGGUGAGCCAAGAACCGGUGCUGUUUAACAUGACAAUCCGUCAGAACCUGCUUCUCGGUGUUGAAGACCGUGUCGGUCAAGAUGAAAUUGAAGCCGCUUGUCAAAAAGCCAACUGCCACUCCUUUAUAUCCGCUCUGCCCGAGGGGUAUGACACAUUGGUAGGUGAACACGGUGGCAUGUUAUCUGGUGGUCAAAAGCAGCGCAUUGCCAUUGCACGGGCUAUUCUCAAGAACCCCCCUAUCCUUUUGCUGGAUGAAGCAACAUCAGCACUGGACACACAAUCUGAACGUAUCGUACAGCAUGCUUUGGAUGCUGCUUCCAGCGGCCGCACAACGAUUGUCGUCGCGCAUCGUCUUUCUACCAUUCGCAAUGCAGAUCUUAUCGUGGUUAUGAACCAAGGCGAUCUUAUUGAACAAGGUACCCACGGUCAGCUCGUAAAACAUGGUGGUGCUUAUGCCGAGCUAGUGCGUAAACAACAAAUUGAGACCGAACAAGAUAAUGUGUCCGAGGUUUCCGAAACGGUGUCUUUGGAAAAUGUCAAACUGCGCGACAGAAGAAGCCAAGGAGCAGCGGCUGAGCAAGGACUUAACGAUGUGGUCUACUCAUCAUAUGUUAAUUUGGCUCGCAGAAGCACCACUACGUCUAUUGAUGCUUACGAGCUCAAAGAACGGAGGAUCAAACAAGAACUUAAAUUACGGCAACAGCAAGGUGCUCCAAUUGCCAAAAUAUGGCAGCAAAUUAAACCCGAACGGCUUUACUUGCUUGCUGGCUGUUUUGGAUCUUUAAUCGCCGGUGCAGUCUAUCCUUUGUUCGCAUUCAUUACUGGAAAAUGCAUUUGGACUCUGAUGCAAGACAGCGAUGAGAUUUCCCCCGGUCCUGUCGAGGGAGCUAACUUUUAUGCGAUUAUGUUUCUUGUAAUUGCCGUUGGUGCCUUUCUCGGUUAUGGCCUUCAAAGCUGGAUGUUUGAAUUAGUGGAUGCACGUUAUACUUCACGGCUUCGUGCAUUGGUUUUUCGUGCCUUUUUAAAACAAGAAGUCGGCUUUUUCGACCGCGAAGAUAACAGUGUUGGUGCUCUAGCUUCCAAACUUGCAGUGGACACCAAGACCAUGAACGAAAUGGUGACCAGGGUGCCUGGUGAUUUCAUGCAGGUCGUUUCAACUGCAGCUUGUGGUCUGGCAAUUGCCUUUGCACAUAAUUGGACUCUUUCGCUGAUUGUUAUUGGAAUGUCACCGCUCCUCAUUGGUGCCAGCUUCUAUCGGGCUCGACUAGAGAGGGGCUUUCAAGACAAGGUUGCGAAGGCACAUGAACACGGAAAUGUAAUCACAAGUGAAGCCAUCAGAGAAAUCCGAACUGUUACUGCACUUGGAAAACAAGCUCACUUCGAGAUGAAAUAUGCGAAAACUUUGGAAAAGCCUCAUCAGCUUGCCAGACGUAAGGCGUUUCGCGCUUCUUUCGGAUAUGCAUUGUCGCAAGGUUUCUCCCUCUAUGUUGCCGCGGUUGCCUAUUCAUCUGGUGUUAUUUUUAUGCAAGAAGGAAGACUUGCAUUCGAUGCCCUGUUUAUUUGCUUGCUGACGCUCAUGAUUUCGAUGACAGGCGUGGGUCGCUCCAGUGUAUUUACGGUUACGUUCGUCAAGGCCAAAACUGCUGCUAUUAGUGUUUUCGAAAUACUUGAGCGACAAUCACAGGUUGAUCCUGAUCUUGAAGGCAUUGAAAUGGCUACUUCAGGCGUUUCAGGCGAUAUUUCGUUUGAUAAAAUUGGCUUUUGCUACCCAACACGCAAGGAGCCCAUUUUCGAAGGUGGAUUUAACCUGCGAGGAAAAGCGGGUCAAAUGAUUGCUCUGGUCGGUCCAUCAGGUUGCGGAAAAUCAACCACGAUUGGUAUGCUUCAACGCUGGUACGAUCCUACGAUGGGUACUGUGAGUCUGGACCAUCAUAAUGUCAAAGGAUUUACUUUAAGUAACCUGCGCAGCCACAUGGCUUUGGUUGGUCAAGAGCCUGUUCUGUUUGACAUGACGAUCGGCGAGAAUAUCCGGUUUGGCGUUGACGAAGAUCACGUUGUUACCCAAGACCAGGUUGAAGAAGCCUGCCGCGCCGCUAAUAUCCACAAGUUUAUCUCGGAAUUGCCGGAUCGCUAUGAUACACGGGUCGGUGACAAGGGCUCGCAAUUGUCUGGUGGUCAAAAGCAGCGUAUUGCGAUUGCUCGUGCAUUGAUUCGUAAACCCAAGGUUCUUUUAUUGGAUGAGGCUACUUCCGCGCUUGAUUCUGAAUCUGAAAAGCUUGUCCAGGAAGCCAUUGACAAUAUCGUUGGUGAAGGUGGCCGCACGACCAUUACAAUCGCACAUCGUCUCUCAACUAUCCAGCAUGCCGAUAUAAUUUGUGUUGUCAAGGAUGGUCGAGUAGUAGAGCAAGGAACCCAUUGGGAACUUUUGGAACUAAACGGGGAGUAUGCCUCGCUUGUACGGGAGCAAUCUUUAACCGUUCUAUAG